UUCCAUUUUUAUUUGUUAAUCUUGUAGGUGAUAAGCGUUUCAGAAAGAUUUCGUUUGUUUGGUACAAUAUCAACCUCAACACAUGAAUUUCGUCAAACAACUGAAGGAAGGCUUUCCCUUAGCGUCUUUUGGAGGAAAGUCAUGGUUCGGGCUCCCAGUAGAGAUGAUAUGAUUGAUAUAAUUAAUGCAAGAUAUCCAAUUUUAGACUUCUUAUCCUCACAGCUUGUUGAUACAUUUGAGCGGGUCAACUCUGUUGUUUCUUAUCAAAUAGGAGUCAUGUCAGCUUCUGCUUUCAAUAGAUUCUCUUUAAGGGAUCUUCUCAAAUGGUGCAAGAGAAUUGCAGCGUUGCCUCUUAACUUGUUUGCCUUUGGCUUAUCAUUAUCAGAUUCAGAAAAUAUUUAUCAAGAGGCUGUUGAUUUGUUUGCGGCUUUCUUGCCCAUGUCUGAAAACCGUUCAUUGUUGAUCAGAGAAAUUGCUAACUUAUGGAGUGUUCCUCUUGAAGGGGCAAUGUUGUACCCUUCAAACAAGCCAACCCUUCAGAUGCGGCUAUCACGCCUUCAAGUUGGGCGAGUUGCACUCCAGCGUGUUAAAAGAAUUGAUAUUCAUGAUAGGCAGCCUUUUGUUAGUAUUCGUAGUGCUCUACAGUCACUUGAGCGAAUAGCUUGUUCCGUUAAGUACAAUGAACCGGUUCUUCUAGUAGGUGAAACUGGAACAGGAAAGACAACGCUUGUACAGAAUCUGGCUAUGAUGCUUGGGUACCCUCUGAUUGUUAUGAACUUAAGCCAGCAAACUGAUGUUGCUGAUCUGCUGGGUGGCUAUAAGCCUACUGAUGCACAGUCAAUAUGCAUGCCUCUUUAUCAUGAAUUCAAGGAGUUGUUCUGCAAGACUUUUUCCAAGAAGGAUAAUGAAGCUCUGCUUCGCCAGUUUGAGAUAUUCAUAUUAGAAAAGAACUGGAAAAAAUUACUGCAUGCUUGCCAGAAGUCGGUUCACUUUGUCCAGAAACUGUUGGCUAAAACAAGAGAAUCUGGCUGUGGCUCGAAGAGAAAGAGGCCAUUGAUUGAAGAGACAGUUCAAAAGUGGGAGUCAUUGUCUUUGGGGCUUGACGGUGCUCUUAAGAAGAUUAGUGUCUCUUCAGCAAUGUCUUUUAAAUUUGUGGAGGGUGCUUUUGUAAGUGCUUUAAAAAGUGGGCAGUGGCUUUUGUUAGAUGAAGUAAAUCUUGCUCCGCCAGAAACACUGCAGCGAAUUAUUGGUGUCCUUGAUGGAGAUCUUGGUACUUUGUGUCUUGCAGAGAGGGGUGAUGUAGAUUAUGUUGAACGUCAUCCUGAUUUUCGUUUAUUUGCCUGCAUGAAUCCUGCCACUGAUGCUGGAAAGAGGGAUCUUCCAUUUGCAUUCAAGAGUCGGUUUACUGAAUAUUUUAUUGAUGAUGUUUUUGAUGAUGAUGAUCUAAUUCUAUUUGUUAAUCAAUACCUGGGUGAAGGUAACGCCACAACUGAAUUGUCAAACAGGAUUGUUCGGUUUUACAAAUCAGUGAAGAAGGAAUCUGAGGAGAGGUUGCAGGAUGGUGCUAAUCAGAAGCCACAGUUCAGUUUACGGUCCCUAGCUCGAGCACUCAAUUAUACCAAGAUGGCUGAAAAGAGAUUUGGAUUCAAAAAAGCCCUUUAUGAUGGCUUUUGCAUGUUCUUUCUUACUCUUUUAGAUGCCCCCAGUGCUGCCAUUAUGCACGACUUGAUAUUGUCGAACUUGUUAUCAGGUGGCAUGCCUCAUGAUAUCCCUUUUAAUAGUUAUUUUUCUGGAGAUUUGGCUCCUCUUUAUGCUUCCCAGAUAAAGUCUUUCGUGGAAAAUUAUGUUCUUACAAAUACUGUUAAAGUGCAUCUUAAAAACCUUGCCCGUGCCUUCUACAUUAAGAGGUAUCCUGUUCUUCUGCAGGGACCCACAUCCAGUGGAAAAACUAGUCUUGUUCAGUAUCUAGCUUCAGUUACUGGUCAUGAAUUUGUCCGCAUCAACAAUCAUGAACACACUGAUCUCCAGGAAUAUUUUGGUUCAUACAUAACCGACUCUCAUGGUAGGCUUCAGUUCCAAGAAGGUGUGCUGUUGAAGGCUGUUCGGAAGGGAUAUUGGAUUGUCUUGGAUGAACUUAAUCUUGCUCCAUCUGAUGUAUUGGAAGCAUUAAAUAGGCUUCUAGAUGAUAAUAGAGAAUUGUUUGUGCCUGAACUACAAGAAACAAUAUCGGCACAUCCAGACUUUAUGCUGUUUGCCACGCAGAAUCCUCCAACUAUAUAUGGUGGACGAAAAAUGCUCUCAAGGGCCUUCCGCAACCGUUUUCUGGAGAUUCAUGUUGAUGAAAUUCCUGAUGAUGAAUUGACAACUAUUCUAGAGAAAAGAUGCUGCAUUCCGGCAAGUUAUGCCUCAAGAAUGGUUGAGGUAAUGAAAGAUCUGCAGUUGCAUAGGCAAAGCAGUAAAGUGUUUGCUGGAAAGCAUGGUUUCAUAACACCACGGGAUUUGUUUCGUUGGGCUAACCGAUUUAGGUUUUUUGGCAAUUCAUAUGAGGACUUGGCUAAGGAUGGGUAUUUUCUUCUCGCUGAAAGAUUGAGAGAAGAGAAUGAGAAGAAUGUUGUGAGGGAGGUGCUGGAACGUCGACUAAAUGUGAAACUACUAAUCAAUGACUUAUACAAAGCGGUAUAUUCUAUUUCUAUAACAUCUUUAUCAAAGAUCAAUAUGCUACAUUUAAAUUUGGUUUAG